AUGCGGCGAAUGAACGACGACGACUGGCGGGAACUCGGGGUUGGCCUCGGGCCGCUGGGAUGGGGCAUCUACUACGCCUGGAACGCCUUCGCUGACAGCGAUGACCACCCUGAAUGGAGGACCGGGGUCAACAUGACGGGCUGGACGCUCGCCUGCAACGACAACGAUGAUCUCGUCUUCCUGAAGACCGAAGGGUACACCUUUGCCUACUUUUGCCACAACAGCGCGCCCGGUGGCGCCUACUUCACCCUUCACAACUUCUCCGUUAAGUCGCGCGAGUCGGACGCUAAGUUUAUGGUGAUGCACCCUUUCAGUGGCGGCGGGUGCGAUCGGGACCAGAUGGUGGAGUGGGCACGACGCUGGAGCGGUUAUGAGGUGACCGGAGACGAGAAGGAAUAUUAUAUGCGGUUGAUCCGGGCAGCGAAGGCGGGAGAAGGGCAGGAGCAAUAG